AUGCCACCCAAAUCAAAAGGUCAAACUAUCCAACUUAGAGACUUGCAAAGAAUGGCAUAUGAGAAUGGAGAAGUAAUGGAAGGAAUCUUGCCAACUCAGAGUCUUGGUAUUGAAAGAACUGAUAGUUAUAAUAGUAAUCGAAGUGGUGGCGGUGGUAGAAUGUCAAGUAGAUAUGACAACGAUGAGAAGGUUGCCCAAAUGCUCGAAACUGAUUGGAGAAAAGGUAGAGAUGGAGGUGAUCUGCAAAGAACAACUUCGAAAUCUGGAAGAGAUAGGUUCAAUCGGCCAGAUAUUGAUGAUACAAUUUGUAAUACCAAUUGGAGAGAUGACUCAGGUAGAUCCACGGAAAAGCCAAAACCUGAGCUUGAUUUUAGGAGAGGUGCAUCUAGAAAUCAUGAUAACUCUGCUGAACCCAGCUCAAUUAACUUUAAUUGGCGAGAUAACUCCAAUUCUUCACAGAAUGCUUGGGGAUCUUCAAACUUUGGAUCCAGAUUUGGACGCGAAAAUUCAAGUAGAGUACAUUUUGAUGACAGGCCAGACUAUUUAAAGAAUAGAUUUAAGAAGAAGACUGAUGUUGAAAGUUCCACCCAAAGUAAUGGUGACAAUGUCUGUAAUAACUCCAAUAUGGAUAUAUCUUCGUCUUUGUCUCAAAAACUUAAUGUUUCGGAUUCCAAACCUGUCUCAAAUACGGGUAAUUCUUCAUCUUUAAAUGGCAUUUUGAACUUAAAUAACAAACCACAACAAUCCAAUAAUACUCAAGUAGCUUCAAAAGUUGAGAAGAAACCAAAGCAAAUAAAGAAAGUCCAGCCAGUUAAGGAAGCAAAGAAAAUCGAUGAUUCCGAGACCAACAUCUCAUUAUGGCAAGUUUCUGAUCCAGUGGUUUUGAAUACUUUUGAAAAAGAACUCUUUGCAUGUUUAACAGGAGAAAUACCUACAGAAAAAUCUGUUCCAGCUUCUUCUUUCGAACCAAACACAUAUUCACCACCAGAUUCUGACAAAAUACUUGGUUUCAUUUCUAACUUCAUAGAUAAGUCCAUCUCUCCGGAAGAUAAACAGUCUCUUUCAAUGAUUGCCAAGCUUUCUCACGUAUUUACCUUAUUUUCUUCUGCAUUGCGUUGUAUCGAUGAUGUUAUUCUACUUUCCAAGAGUCUCUCUCCAAUAUUUAAUUAUUUUAUUACCAAAAAUAAAGCAGGAGAAGCUACUGCAAAGCUUUACAUCCUUAUUGAGAUUCAAAGAAUGGCCUCUGUAAUCGGAAACCCCAAAAUUGACAAUGUUACAAGUAUUCUUGAGUCUCUAUGGAUCUCACUUUUAAAGUCCAAGAUUGUUUCUAGAGACACGUUCAAUCUUUGGCUUAACAAGAAUGAUCUAUUGGGUGAUGAAAGUAAGUUUGGCAGAAAGAAUGCACUCUUUGAGUUGACUGCAUUCUUUGAUUGGCUUAAUUAUGAUGAAGAGACCUUGUCAGAAGAGGAAAACGAGGAUGAUGAAGAUUUUUAA